AUGGAUUUCUCUAGAUUCAAUCAAGCCGAACAAGCUCAAAUUGCUGCCAUGAUUGAGCACAAGCAAAUGAAGGAUUUCAUGAGACUCUACUCCAACUUGGUUCAACGUUGUUUCGAUGAUUGUGCUAAUGAUUUUACCACCAAGUCUUUGACUGGCAAGGAGGAAGGUUGUGUCAACAAGUGUGCUGAUAAGUUUUUGAAGCACUCUGAGAGAGUUGGUGCUCGCUUUGCUGAACUUAGUCAAAAUAUGUCUCCCCCUGGACAAUAA